GAGGCUAGCCCAAAUACUAAUCAUGCCUGCUGAUUGUCUUCUCCCUUAAUGGUUCCUAGACCGUUCAGGAUACUUCACCGUGCUAUGGCCACUAUUGCAAAGCAAACUGGUCAACCUAUUUCCUAUACACCAGAGGGAGCCGUGUUGAUUUCCUACAAAGAUCUGACUUCGUCCCCCUUAUCUCUGUCAAGCUCUAUCGACAAAGCAUUUGGUUCAGGACCAGACUGUUUGGGGAUCAUCCUCGUCCGAGAUCUUCCUCCCAGCUAUCCAGCUUCACGAGAGAGACUGCUGAAGCUUGCAUACAAAUUCGCCAAAUUACCGGAGCCUAUUCGCGAACAGUAUGCAGAUCCGGGCAGCCGCUACAGUUUCGGAUGGUCCCACGGUAAAGAAAUAAUGAACGGAAGGCCAGACACCUUAAAGGGGUCCUACUACGCCAAUCCCGUUGUAGAUAGUCCCGCAGUGUCAUCUGAACUUCGUGUCUCAUAUCCUGAAUAUUAUGGCAAUAACAUCUGGCCCAGCAACGAUAUCAAGGAGGUGGAAGGAUUUGAGCAAGCUUUCAAAGACCUGGGACGAUUGGUUUUCAAAGUUGGUUGUGAAUUAGCAACUGCGUGUCAGCCUUUCGCGUCUUCCUAUCUCUCGGAUUCAUCCCUUUCGUUGUCCAAGCUGAUUGGAUCAUCACAAACUGUCAAGGCCAGGCUCUUGCAUUAUUUUCCACCGUCGCCAGACGCACCGCUUCCCACUGAGGAUGAACCUAUAGAUAGCUGGUGUGGUUUCCAUCUUGACCAUUCAUUGUUGACCGGACUUUGCUCAGCUAUGUAUCUACGUGAGGUACCCAAUGGUGAACCUACCGUUGCGUCAUCCACCUCCCCAUCGUCUGGUCUGUAUAUCAAGACCCGAGGCGGGGCUCUCACCAAGGUGUCCAUCCCCCCAGACUGCUUGGCUUUCCAGACUGGCGAAGCUCUCGAACUCGCCACGGCUGGAAAAUUACGGGCAACUCCUCAUUGCGUACGUGUUGGGGCAGGAGGAGGGGCCGACCAAGUCUCUCGAGAGACUCUUGCUUUGUUCAUGCAGCCGGACGUUGACCAGCAACUCUCUGCUUCUGACACGUUCGGCACAUUUAGCAAACGUAUAUUUGACGAGCAUUACAACCAAGAAGCAACUAUGUAACACAGCUCUAAUUAUACAGCACAUAUCCCAGGAAAUCCCACACAACAAAUAAAACAACUGCUUGAACUAGGGUGUCACCGGCGAGUCCUCUUGGUCUGAAAUCACACUCCAGUCACUCGUAGCGCCUCGAGAGCUUUCGCCUGACAGCCUUCGCGAACGCGAAGUGGAUGCAGAUAGCCCCUGCUCGCGAAUAGUAUCACGCUCAUCAUCGAAUCUGUCGGAGCGACUCUCAUCCUUUGCUACUAUGCCCUUGAUCAGAGAGCGGGCAUACUCAAGAUCCCGAUAGAUUGCUUCAAUUGCAGUAGCCACGCCAUUCUCCUGCAUGCCAGAAUUAAUGUAUGACAGUGAGCAAUCUGGGAAUAAACUUACCGCUCGGAUGCUCUCGCCAACUACCUUUGCACGAUGUAUCUGUUUUUGGUCUGU